GGGGAGACUUUUUCGUUGUAAUCUGAGACAGAUUCACAAUUUGAUGCAUUUGUGGGGGUGUCGUCUAUGACGUCACUGGUUUCGCUGAAGGGCCCUAAAAAGGACAAGUUGGUAAAUUAAUGCUUAAAAUCAUAUUCUGACAUAAAUAUUCAUUAGUUCAGGGAGGAGGAAUGGCUAGGAGGAAUUUUGUUUAGGGGGAGAAAAAGGGAAGUUAGUAGCUGGUUUAAGUCUCCCAAAUACAGCCCUGAGAAAAUAUAUCGUGUUCUUCCCAACUCGCGAUAUUUCCACUUGUUGAGCUGAGACCGAGUUCAACCAAGUAGAUUCCGAGUCUCCCAUUCAGUUUGAUUCAGACAACUGAACAGAUUGGUGCGUUUUUCUGUUCAAUUUCUUAAUCACAUUUUUUUGUGUUGUAUUUUUUAUUAAUUUUACAAAUUAUAGACACCCAAGACGACAAAAAAUUACAGUUAUUUUGGUUUAUCGGCUUUGGUAGUUUUUUUUUUGUUAAUUUCUUUUGACCCGGGUUGAAAUUCUCAAGGGAUUUCCCCCACUGAAACAUUGAAGAAUUCACUGGUGAAGACAUAGUAGUAAACUCUUGGUCUGUGAAUGAAGAGCAAGAAGCUGCUUCUUCUCACUCAUACAACUGAAGGAGGAAAAAUCAGAGUGUCUUCAAUCCUUUUUGCUGAUUUUUCUUGCAUUAACAAUUUGGACCUAGAACCAUUCUAAGGUAGUGCAAUUUAAGUGAAAAGUGAAAUUUAUAUUUUGACAAUCAUAAAAAAAACACAUUUCGAGACAAAUUUCUGGAAAACCCCAAGAUAUAUCAUUUGGAUAUGAACAUGGAAACCUUCUACGACAUUGGCAGCACAGAUCUCCGGGAACUCUGGGAGUCUGAUUUGGAUCCGGCAAUACAAGAUGCAUUAAAAUUAUCUUCAGGAGAUCCUGAGCUAAGUGAUUGGUAUUUGGACAAAGACAUCAAAAUGCCCCAAGUAAUCCUUCACGACAAAUUAAUGACAGAUGCACUUGGAACAUUUCCCAUCAAGACUGAGCACUCCUACAGUCUGAAUUCCGAUGGGGAUUCCUUGCCAGACUCACCAGGAAGUCUACAAAAUAAAAUGGACGAUAUGGACGAUGAGUGUUAUCCUGCCAUAACUAUGAACACAGCAGCUUUAAGCACGCGGACGACACAAUAUCGUUCAGUAAAUUCACAGUUGAUCAGUUCCAUGCAAAAUACUUGCAGUAAUGAUUCAGAAUCCGGAGCCAGCUCCAUGUCAGACGACAUAGACAUAGAUGAUCACACGAUCAAAGAUGAACCCAUGUCACCAGCCAAUUCCAGCAACCCACCAAGCCCUGGGGAGUCCGUGACCACCACGAUAAAUGCCAAUCUAUCGAAUAUCGCUGCAAUCACAAACACAGAUCUUGUGUUUGAACACAAAAAUGGUUCCCUGCAGCUGUCGCAUGCAUCUCAGAGUCUCCUGAAGAGUCACCAACAUCAACUAACAGCCUCACAUCAAGCAGCCAAUCAGAGAUUAGUAAUGCCAAAAUUAAAUGUUAAAAUGGAGGCUCAAUCGCAGUUUGGUCUCCCUCCCACCCCGCCUUCAUCUCUCCCAAGUGACGAUUCGGAAGGAAAUCUCAGUCCGGAUCACCAUGGAGCCCCCAUGUCACCCCAAACCACCCCAGUGUCCCAGACGUCCACACGGAGAUCGGCUAUUGCCGCUGCUGCCACAACUGCUGCUGCCAAUUCGUCCAAAAUCUACUCGGGAGUCAGUACGCGUCAGCCCAUUCACACACCCCUCAUCAGCAAUCAACCGAAAGGGUCAACUGGUACUUUAAUCCUCACUGAAGAGGAGAAACGAACACUCCUGGCAGAAGGAUACCCCAUUCCCACUCGUCUUCCCCUCACAAAAGCCGAGGAGAAAUCCCUGAAGAAGAUCAGGAGGAAAAUCAAGAAUAAAAUUUCGGCUCAGGAGAGUCGACGAAAAAAGAAGGAAUACAUGGAUCAGUUGGAGAGGAGGGUAGAGAUUCUAGUCUCUGAGAAUUCUGACUACAGAAAACGCAUAGAGACACUUGAAGGCUCCAAUGCGAACCUCCUCAAUCAAUUGGCCAAACUCCAGGCUCAAAUCAAUCGACAGAACCAGAAGAAGUAAAAAAAAAAUUCAAAAGAAAAUAAACUGAAUUAUUUUUGCUCAAUUCGUGAGUAAAAACAGUUUUUUUGAAGAGCUUCAGCAUUUGUGCUAUAAAUGCAUGGAUUUUUAUAUUGUGUAAAUUUAAAUAUUUUGUGUGUAUAGCAAAGACUAAAAAAAAAUAAUGUACAAAGAAAAAGAAAUACGAGUAUGUUUGUGAAUAACAUUUUCUUAGAAUGGCUAAUUUUUAUUUAGAGAGACAAUGCCGGGAAAAAUUUUGCAGGCUUUUCUCACUCUCUUAUUUUUAAUUCUUUUUUAUUUUUUUUCCUGUUUUCAUUAGAGAGAAUACCAAUUUUUUCAGGAGUGUGCAAUACAAUGUAAAUAUUGUUCAAAGGAUCGCAAUGAAGGAUUUAUGAAUGAAGAUAUUAGAAGUAUCUUGAAGAUCCUUGUCUUCAAGUUAAAAAAAAAUAAACAAAAUGACAGAAAAUUAAACAUUCCAAUGAUUUUGCAACGAUAUCACAAGUUUGCAACAUAUUUUUUUUUUAAAUAAAAUAGUAAGAAAUACGUAUAACGAAAACAUGAAAAACUGUGCCUUUUUCAAAACACAGGCGAGGGGGAGGAUUCUCUAACUCUGUGAGCGAUUACCUAGUAAAAAGCUGAUGUCGUAAUAGCCUUUGAGUAAAUUUUCGAAAAGACAAAGCUAUUCGAAGUUCGAAACUGGAAAUCCGAAAAAAGUUCAGGUAUUCGACACUUGAGCGCUGGUAAUACUUUCUAUUUGGACUUUCUAAGUUUUUUUUGACAAAUUUUAAACUACUAACGAUAUUUUCUUAGUUCCUUUUUUAAGUUUUUAUUAGUUGCGUAAUAUGCAUUAAAAAGUAAAUAAUCAAUUUUUUGGAUUGAUUUAAGUUUUCGAACAUAAAACGGUUUUUUAAGUAAGGGAAAACUUUCGAACACUUCAAAUUUUUCUCAUAUUCCUUUAAUGAAUCUGACUUAAUUUUUGUUCAGAAAAUGCGUGAUUUACUACGAGUUAUUAAAAUAUUAUUGCCAUAGGUCGCAUUAAAGGAAUAUGGGAAAAAUAUGAAGUGAUCGAAGCCAGAGUGUGUGCGAAGCAUGAAAAUCUUCCCAUAGUCCUCUCUGAUAUGCCUUCGAAUUGGCUUAGGCUUAAACCAGAGAGACCUCCCAAAUCGAAAAGGUUACUCAAGGGAUAUUACUAACCACAGAAAUCAGUACAUGACUGCUACAAAAGUUCUUCUGUAACUAUGUAUGAAGCAAGAGUCGAAAUUCAUUUAGAUUUUCCAUUAAAUUUGAGAAAUUUACAGAAAUUACAAGUCAAUUUUUUUCAGAAAAUCAUUAAAAUGUGGUCACGUUUUUCUAACUAAAUAUGGUACGCUUCCUUUUGAUUUCUUCGAAAAAUAAACAAGUGCAAUGCAUAACCUCAAAUUUAUCGCUUCGUGUAAAAUUAUCACAUGUUACAGAAAUACUUUCGUUAUCACUAUAAUAAAUUUUUGCAGGUGUUCGAUUGACAGAGUUAUUGAAUUUCUUCCCCCGGAAUAAACUACUAUAGAAAGGAAAACUAUACAGCUAGAUAAAUAUUUAUAUUAAAAUUGAGUAAAAUCCUUGUUUAGGUUACUAUGCAGUGAAUUUCAAUAUCAUUAGUGCAUAUUUUAGAAGCUGAGAUAUUUUAUUUCGGUUAGAAAGUGAGCGGUUUUUUUUGUGAACCGUGAACGAGAAAUGAUUUCAGUAACAAAAAUCAAAUUUACUGUUCGAUAUUAUCAAAAAAUAUACAUUCGAAAAUAUUUUCGAUGAUCUUCAAAUGUUUUUCGAAUAUAUUUUCGAAGUUAGAAAGUCGAGGUCAGAUGACAAAUGACCAUCAUUCAGCCAUUCAUCACCAUUUUUUCAAGGGGUAUUUUUUACCAAGAAACCCGUGACAAUUUCCUGAGACAUUUUUCGCAAGGUUUAAGAAACUUCGGUCAGACUUUCAUGAAACCCCUGAAACCCGAGAAACAUUAAAAAAAAAUACAGGAAAUAUAAGAAACAAUCAGAAUGUUCUGUAAAACCGAAGAAACUUUCAGGAAGAUUUCACGGAGUGUAAAAAUUUUUAGUAGUUUCGCAAAAUUUAAAAAGAUGUUUCAUAAUAUCAAGAAACUUUAAACAAGGGUUCACAAAAUUGAAAAAAACUUGAGAAACACAUAACGAAACUUCAGAAAGCUUCAGAAUGUUUCGCACCGCGAAACUUAAAACACCUUAAUCAAAAAUACGAAACCUGAGAAACCCUCAGAUUGGUUCGUAAAAACAGUGAAACCUUCAGAACGAUUUCGCAAAGUUCAUGAUUUUUUGACAAGGGUUUCGCGAAACCCAAAACCUCCACAAAAAUAUUCCAAAAGUCUGAGAAACUUAGGUGCAAAUGUUUCAUAACAUCAGUAGGGGAAUUUUGUAAUUUUCGUGGCAUUACCCCGCGUGAGUUCGAAACCUGACAAUGCCAUUCGAGCUUUUUUUGUCAUGUCCUAUAAGUUCUAAAAUGCAAAUUAAUGAAAUCCCUUGAUGAUUUUAUGAAAAUGCAGUACAUCUUGGUUUAUCUGUUCAACAAAAUUCAUUGUCUUUUGAAUUGCCAGAAAUCUCAAAUAUGCGACUUCUGACCUUUCCACAUGAGUUGAAAUAGCAAUGUCACAGGUACAGAAUCGCAUUUUCGAAAAAGCCCUUCUAAGAUUCGAACCUAAUAUAUCAUACGGCAUUGCCAGAGCGUUACAGAAUUCCCCUGCAGGAACCGUUUAACAAGGUUUUGCAUUUACAAAGUUCAAGUGAAAAACAUAUGACCUUGAAGAAAAACCAUAACGAAACCACGGAAACGUUCAAAUGUUAUGUCUUCUAAAAAUUGGUAUAGUUUAUAAUUCCCGUGCCAUUAAGUUUCAACGGUUCCAAUUACAAUGGAAUGUAUUCCUGAGUGAAUUAAAUAUUACGGGUCUUCUGGAUCUGGUUUCAACGGUGAAGUAUCAGGGCGUAAAUUCUGUAACUUUGUGAGAACGUGAGAAGUACUAAAAAUGAGAAAAUACCGAAACUUUUCACUGACUGAGAAAAAAAAGAGGGUGCGAUUAACUUUUUUUCCUCAUAACUUAAACACUUUUUACGUGUAAAAAUAUAUCAACAUUUUUUAAUGUUAAAUUUACACCUUUUUAAGGGUAAAUUUAACAUAAAAAAGGGUAACUUUAAUCCCUAAUACACAUAAAAAGGGUAAUAUUUACACCGAUUUCGGAUCAGUACUGCAGGGUAAAAUAAACAUUUCCGGAAUGUUACUUUAACUUUUUCGGAUUUCUCUCAGUGCUCAAGUGUGAUUCUCCAUGCCUAUUUUUGUGACAUUUCUCACGAUAUUUUCGUAACACUUCACACAUAAUGAUGGUCCAGAGGGCAUCAAGAGCUGACGAGUACGAGUGCGAUUUCAAUAAUUAGCCCCCUGAAUGCUCUGAAUAAACCUCGAAAAAAGGUUUACGAAACUCCACAAACCUAUUACGAAUAUAGCUCGAAACCUUGAAAUAUGUUUCAGAAUCUUUUGGAGGCUUCGCGUCGUUCAAGAAACCUUGAAGGAUUUUUUUGCGAAAUUAGAGUUAUAUUCGAAAAAUUUUCGGAAUUCGAGAAACAAGAAAUUGUUGCGUUGUGACUCAUAUUUCUAUAUGAAUCACCCCUUUUUUUUAAAUAAAUUAAAAUUUUUUUAAAGGUAAACUGAAAUAAGAAAAUUUUCUAUUUUUCACUGCAAAAAUACUGUUUAAAAAAUCUUUCCUGACUUUUUUCCGGUCAGUGAAGAAAUAGCAAAAUGUGUAGAAAUAAUGUUGGAAUUCACUGUAAAUAUAAUUUCAUGUUUUCAGGGAUAAACCUGCAUCGAAGAAAGGAUAGAAUGUGCAUUUAAUUAUUAAAGUAAUAUUCAUUUUCAUGAAUUAUUGACUUAAAAAUACAAAUAUUCAAUGCAAAUAUUGAAUAAUACAAUUAUUUACAUAACUAUAUUAUUAUUUGUUUUUUUUUUUUCUUUAAUAGAAAAUAAGCACCAUUCCAAGUAGUAGCACGAAGAAAUAUUUUAUUUUUUAUUUUAAUUAAAUUAAUUUAUAAUAGUUUUUUUUUGUUAUCUUUUGCCCAUAGUAGAAUGACCUAUAUUAUAUUUUAUUGUUUUAUUUUUUUUUUUAUUAAUUUCUCAAAUAAGAAUAUUUCGCCAAAAUUUGUGCAAUUCCUAUAAAGGAGUGAUGCUUAUAAGUGCCGAAAAAAUAUUUCCUGGUGGACCAAUUUAUACUAAAGUGUCUUCCUUCAAAUUUCCGUUACUUAUCUUCUGAAUAUUAUAACUAAUUUUUUUUUUAAUUUUAUUGAUAGAGAUAUAUUUUAUAGAGAGAUAUAGUUAAACGACUGAUAUUGUGGCACUUAACUUGAAAAAGAAAUGAAAUAAAAGACAAAAUAUUAACAGUAUAGGAUUAUAUAUUUAAAAUAAAAUAUUAGUGCAUAUUUAAGAUUAUUGAAUUGUAGAUAGAAAGAUUAUAAUGAAGGGUUGUCUAAGUAUAACUACUUACAUAUUCAAUUGAAAGUGAUAAUGAUUGAAUAAAAACUGCAACACACUUUUAUUUUUUUCUCUAAACACCAGAAAAAAUAUAAACAAUUGGCCAGAUUUUCUUAUUUGGCAGAUAGGUUAUUCUAGGAUUUGAGGUUAUGUAUAACCUAACCUCAAAUGAUAACGUAACAGAAAAAUCUGGAAAUAAAAUAAUGAUUUUUUCAAAUAUUUCCUUUUAUCAAUCUUUAAAGUUUUUAUUCAGAAUUAAAAAAAAAUAAUAAUAACAAUCCUGAAACGCAUUAAAACCUGAUAAUUUUUGAGGUUAGAACUUUAGUCAUUUAAAAAUUAAAGACUUUAUGUUUAUUUUAUAUUAUUUCGUGGUUCAAUUACUGUUCAAAAAAUUCAUAUAAAAGGCAGAUUGAGAAAUUAUAGUAAAAUUAUAAAUUUUUAAAGUUAGGUUUGACAUAACCUAAAAGUUUUCGCAUUAACCUAUUUAUUCAAAUAAGAAAAUGUGGCUUUAAAUUAUUGGUUAUAAUUAAAGAUAAUCAAAUAAGAUUGCUUUGAAAAGAGAGGUUUGCAAAGUUGUUUGUUAAAAAUUUGUAAAAUCGAUGUGCUUUUGCACAUUUUACAAAAUUUCUCAUAUUUCGUAAGAAAUAACAUACUUUUGAGAAACUCUUACCAAACAGCCUUACAAACCUUUUCUUUCCAGAGUAGGAAAAAUAUUAAAAUUGAAAAAGAUAAGAGAUGUGUUUAUGUAACGUUUUGGUUACAGCAAUUUUAAAGAAAAUUAUAAUUACAAUGUAUUUUAUUGGGCUUAAAAUGCAAAAGAUAAAAUUAUAUUUUUGUACACAAGACCAAUUGUACACAAUUUCUUUUUGUUUUUAAUUUGGUAUUUUUAUCUAGCAAUGUUUUACACAAUUUUAUGUUACCUCUUGUUUAGAACUUACUCUUAAUUAUUGUAAAACUUCCAUAGAGAGAGAUAUUACACUGAAAGUAUAAUUUUUCAAUUGUGUAAUUAUUUUUUUCUUAAUGAGAAAAUUUUUUAAAAAAAAUAUAUUAUAAUUGAUAUUCUUUUCUCUUGAAGUGGAAAGAUAAGAAAAAAGAUGAUAUGACAUGUGUUUGACAAAAAUCUGUUAAUGGUUGAAUAACAAAAGAAAAGAAGUAACACUCAAGUUUAAACGAUAAAA